AUGGAACAGAUUGUGAUUGGGCCGGGAGUAGUGGUGGAACAAGUGAUCCAAGUCCAGGUGACCUACAGUGACCAAGCCCAAGCGAUGGAUGACCACGGCGAAAACUGGCGAGGGGCAUAA